AUGGGCAACACACUUUCCUCCCAGUCCCUGGUGAAGUCUGCCACCCCCGCCUUGUGCUUGACACUUGCUUUCUCUUUGCUGCCUCUGCUCUGGGGUCGCACACGUGAACUCCGGGGUUGGAAGGCCGACCACGAGGAUCACCGUAGCCUGACAGAUUCGAGAAGUGAAAGACUCCAGGACAAGGAGGAUGAGCCGGGGAAUCGCCAAGUGAAGCAUGACUUGGAGGACCUUGCUUCGAACGUCCACGUGCGACCACCUCUGUUGGGUUUGGGAGAAGUCCUUCGAAAAAUCAGGGGACAGCCGGUUGAUUCCGAAGCAGAGACUCUUUCCACGGAGUCCGCGCGACUGCCGGGCAAGCAGCGCAUUCAUGUCAAAACCUUUGGCUGCCCACACAAUCAGUCAGACGGAGAGUAUUUGGCUGGACAGCUAAAAGACUACGGCUACACCUUAGUGGAGACUCUUGAAGAAAGCGACGCCAUAGUGAUCAAUUCCUGCACCGUCAAGCAUCCUUCCGAGACUCGAGCGUUGAACUUGGUCUCAAAUGCCCAGCAAGCGGGCAAGGGAGUCAUCCUUGCAGGCUGCGUGCCAUCUAGCAACAAGAAGUUGGCACAGACCCUCACAGGCGUAAGUAUGCUGGAUGUCACGCAGCUGGACCGGAUUGUUGAGGUGGUUGAGGAAACUGUCAAAGGGAACACCGUACAACUGCUUGACAAGCGAGGAGAUCUGCCCUCCCUGUCUUUGCCCAAAGUACGCAAGCAUCGCUACGCGGAGAUUAUCACCAUCAACGCGGGCUGCCUCGGAAAUUGCACCUACUGCAAAACGAAGAUGUCGCGUGGGAAAGUGGUGUCCUACUCCAUCGAUGCGAUAAUCGCCCGGGCACUUGAAGCCGCCAGUGAAGGAGUGUGUCAGAUCGAGCUGGCGUCGGAGGAUAUGGGCGCCUAUGGCCUGGACAUUGGGACAAAUAUUGCCGAACUAUUGCUGCGAUUGUCCGAUGCUUUGCCCCCUCAUGUCAUGCUGCGUACAGGCAUGACGAACCCACCCUUCAUCAUGCAACAUGUGGACCAGAUCAUUGAGGUUCUAAAUCGGCCCAAUGUGCAUGCCUUCAUGCACAUACCAGUCCAGUCUGGCUCUGACCAGGUUUUGAGGGCCAUGAGAAGGGAAUACACCGUGGAUGAUUUCUCCUACUUGGCUGACCGCCUCAAAGCUGGGGUUCCUGACCUUUUUCUUCUUACAGAUAUCAUCUGCGGCUUUCCAACUGAAAGCGAGGAGGACUGGAGGGCAACCAUGGAGCUGUGCCGGAAGUAUCAGUUUCAAGGCAUCCACAUCUCGCAAUUCUACGCGCGGCCGGGAACAGCAGCUGCGCGGCUAAAGCCUUUGAAGAGUCAUGUGGGCAAGGAUCGCUAUCGAGAGCUGGCAGAGCUGGUCACCUCCACCAAUCGGAACGAGGGCUUGCUAGGCCGCGAAGAACGAGUUUGGUUCGCGGACACAGAGGAAGAACGAUCCAAAAGUGGGCAUGGGCAGACCGUCGGUCGAACUAAGACCUUUGCCAAAGUUCUUGUACCCCGCGAUGACACACUCCUUGGCCGCAGCGCGCAAGUGCGCAUAACUUCGACCUGUCGCCUGCAUGUGGAGGGCCAAGUUUUGGGCGACGUUCGAUAA